AUGAAUGGAUUAUCUCUCCGUAUCUCGAACGUGAGGGCUAGCGAGAACGUAAAGAAAAAUUCCGAAACUCGCAUGGAUCUCUUCCAAGUGCCUUCUGCAUAUUUGAAAACUGAUAAUUCUUUUUUAGAACAAGUAAACACGUCAGAAACCAUUGAAGACCAGAUUAAGGUGCUAAAAGAGUACUCCUCGUUUGUUGCUGGGUUGGAAGAAUCGUUACAAAAUCAUGUUCAAACACUGGCUAACCUGUUGAUGGAAACACCGCUGAAGCACGCCGUUCGCAAUGCCAUCGCCAGAUCGUUGAGCAAUCUCACCGUAAGUCGGGAGCUAGUUGCAUCCUGCAUUGCAAACAGCAUUAAGGCGCGAAUAGAGCAGGAUUCAUGUAGCAGUACAGAACCGCCACGACGUAACUCCACAAUUUGCAACAUAGGAAGCUGCUUUGAGAACUUCAAAGUAGGAAGCGAAGCAAUACGGCUAAGCUUACAACAAUUGUUACAGUUUCUCAACAAAUCGGUUGUAGUGUAUUUAGAAAAAAUGGGCAAUCAGAUAUCACCCUCUGAUAAAAGUGAGUUGUGCCUGUUUAUACACUCAGCAAUACGGACUGCCAUUUCAUGCUUUCAGCAGUUCCCUGAUCAGCUCAAAACAACUUACGAGGGUGAAAAGAACAUUGAAAAAAUUGUGCUAAUAUGCUGGGAUCUGCUCGAAAAUCCGGAGAUCCCGAUGGAUACCAAAACGAACUGCGGCAUACUAAUAGCGAUGAAUGCAAAUCUUGAGCACCGCUUUUUGCGACUUGCACAGCGUGUGUUCGCGGAAGACAGCUCAGCGAAGCAGAUGUGUCUGGUUAAUGGUAUUAUUUGCACGAUCGAAGCUGAACAUUUCAUUGGUCCUGAAUGGAAGGGUAUCGAAAUUCUUCACCAAGCUGCCACGAUACUCAAGGAAAUAUCCGAAGAAAACUCGGUGGAAAUAAGCAUCGUGCUAGGAACGACGCGUGGCUUUUUCCAGUUGACGAAAAAAUUGCUUGUUUUGAAACUAGAUGGCUACAACACUGUGGAGCGCAAGGAACUAGUAGACAUUCUUGCCAUCAAUUUACGUUAUUCGCUCUCGCAUCUUGACCAUUACGUCGACAGCAUACGACACAUUUCGCGAGAUCUCUUAAAGUGUACGAUUCAGUUGGGCACACGCUUGGACGAUACUUUGAACAGCAUUAUUUAUGACUACAUCCGUAAUGGUUCAAUCAACAUAAACACCAAGUGUGUCCUAAUUGGAGCCAUAUCUUCGAUACUUAAAGCGAAAGAAGUGCUUCGUGCCAUUCCACAUGUUCCAGAGUUUUUACUACGGUCGCUUACCCGUAAUGAUCACGCCAACACAAACCUUCAUAUCAACAAUUGCUACGAAGCGUUGAUGAUGUCUUAUGCAUACGAAGACAAUAAACAGGAAUGGUUUACACGAUGGAUCAAUCCAAUACUAAAGGAAAUUAUGAUAGGCAAAGAUGGCACCCAUGAAGGACCCAUUCACAUUGGAUCGGCAGCAACAGCAACGAUGAAUAGUUUAUUGGAUGAUUCCAUAUGUGAUAGCGUCGGAAACAGCGGAGGCAGUACGAACGAUGUAAAAGAUACCCUGCACGACCUAAUUCGCAAAGCGAUUCGUGCAUAUCCGGACAUAGCGAUACGCAUGAUUGACAGUAAAAUCGGCAUAAGCUUCGGGCUAAUAUUGUCCUCGCUAGGCAUUGCUCGGAAGAGUGGUCUUUUCGAUACGGUACACUCUUCGGAAGAAAUGUGGAAAAAUCUUCUUUCCUAUUCCGACAUCAGACAGGCAAUGAUUUCGUCUGACGAUUCGACGCGUAUGUCUGCACUGUACCUGAUCACGGAAUGCCAUAAAAGUACUGAAAUAUUCACACGUCAAGAUCUGGAAUGUAUUCUAUUUUUUCUUGAAAUUAAUAUUAACGUGCAGGCCGCAUCGUUACGACAGAAGAUUACGUCUUGCAUGAAAAGUGCACUAAAUCGGUUGCGAUCAGGAUUUUUGAGCAUCAUCAAAAAGUCGGAUAUUGACGGAAAAAGCCACUAUUAUUAUGAUUUCGUAAAACGUCUGCAUGAGUUCUGCAUCGAGAGCCAGUUUCUCGGGGCGAAUUUCAGCCGGCGUGCCAUCUCAUUUCAGAUUUUGCUGCAACUUUUACAAAUUUCGUCCUACAUUUUUUACGACGAUGAAAACACGAGCAUGUGGAAUGAGCGGCAGGUACGCUUGCUGCUUGCAGCAUUGAAUGAUAGCUAUGAAUCCAACAAGCACCAUUCGCUAAAAGUGUUGGCCUUUUGUCCGAAGCAAUAUAUCGAACGGCUCAACGUAGAACUUAAUUUUGAUGUUACCAAAAAGCUCAUGGUCAGCCCACGACCUAACGAUUCAUUGUCCGCCGCAUAUUAUCUUGAGUAUUUGUGCUUCGUGAACAGUACGAUAGAAGGUCCCCGAUUAAGUGUGGAAUCGCCAGAUGCAAUCAACAACAAUCCAACGAAGCUGUUUCGUUGUUUUCUCUGGUGUGAGGAUAUUCUAAUGCAAGGCCUGAGCAUAGCAAAUAAUUCACUGUUACGAGCCUCACGCGAAAAUCCUAUGUUUGGUGCGUUAAUCUGUAUUCGUCAUCUGCUUAGCAAGCUGGACCUUAAAGAAAUCUCUCGUGAAGAAUGCUGGCGGACGUCUAUCUCGCGUCUUAUAAAGACUUGCGACAGCAUAACGAAAGUGGUGUCGGUAGUAACCAACAAGUCUACGCCUGAAGGAACAUACUUGGAAGAAUUCGAAGAAGCAAUGGUGAGCGAUGACACCUGUGCCGACAUUGAAAUGAGUGAUGCUGAUGAUGUGAACGAGCGUGAGUCGGCAACGGUUAAUAAGGCACUAGGAAGUGACGCAAAAUCAGGAACAACUUCGCAAAUGCUAUUGCUUUGUUCAUGGCGUACGAUUAAAGAAGUUUCACUUAUAUUAGGGGACAUUGCUUCUCGUUCUCCCAUCCAAAGUGAUGCAGACACAGGAGGUAGUGUUGGUUUGAUCUCAUGCCAACAGAUUCUGAGCAUCGGAAAUCAAUUCAUUGAACUUCUGUCGGAAACAAAACAUCGCGGUGCAUUCGAGCAAGCUUAUGUUGGUUUUUCAAAAAUUUGUCUUCGUCUCUGGGGUUCACCUUACGCCGAGUUACACCAGUUACCUAUGCGAUGGAUAAGACAGCUCAUCAAUGUAAUCACUGGUGUGGGAGGGCCGUGGAAAGCUGAUGAAAUCACUGCAGAAAUCGGUGAAAUUAACAUCGAAGAACUAUGCAUUACACGGAGAAGUGCAGGCAUUCCAUAUAUCAUACAAGCGCUGAUUACCUCGGAGCUACAAGUCAGCACUACUACAGGUCUACAAUUUUGCAUGAAGGCACUGCUAGAAUUGUGUCACUCCAACACAGCCAGUAGCCAAAAGAGAACACACUCGCUGAAUAUUCUGCGCUCACUGUUCCGUUCGACCGACCUCGGAGAACCGGUGGGUGAAUUUAUAUCAGAAGGCAUAAUGUGUGCAAUAAAUGGAUACGAAGCCGAGUCGUGGUCGGAACGAAACUCUUCAACACUGCUUUUUUCUGCGCUAAUGGUUCGAGUGUUUGGAGUCCAAAGAAGCAAGGAUCCAGAAAAUCUCAACAUUCGUAACAAGAUGACUGGGAGAAUAUUUUUCCUAAGAUAUCCCCUGCUUUACGAUUACUUCGUCUUGGAACUGGAAAAAGCAAGCAAAACUAUCAUCAACGGGCGAAGAAGUAAAAAAUUACACCCUUUGCUAUUGUUGCUCAGUCGCCUCUAUCCCUCAGCUCUCGAAGGAAGUGAAUCGAAUUUAAAGCUCUCUCGUUUCGUCCCGCUCGUAUCAACAUGCUCUGGUUGUGCAGAAUUGCAAACACGACAUUUGGCUGCCAAGAUAAUUUCCAUAAUUGUCUCACCGGAUCUCGUGUUCGAUAGGAUAUGUUUACUGUUGGAGAGUCUCAAUCGUUCGAAUAAUCGGAACAUCAACCCAAAUUCGCUACACGGUGCACUUUUACAAAUAUUGUAUCUCGUGAAAACUAAAAACCCCGCUUUGGUGACUGCGGCUACUUCCAGUGGACAGCUAAACAACUGGAUCGAACUCUAUACAGCUAUCUCGAACUACUUGUUCGAAGUGAAGCCUAACUUUGUUAUCUACAGUACUAUACUAGAUAUACUGUUGGAAAUACUAUCACGAUGUCAACAAAUCAUAAUGGCAGAGGAUGAACAGUUCAUGGACGACCUUAGCAACAUCUUAGAUUAUCUUGUGAACUUGGCUAACCAUCGUCUGUUUUAUGGCGAACCGUUAGUACAGCCAAAAAUCGUACUUUUGAAAACAUUUAUGUAUCUUUAUAGUGAAGAUAAUUCUACGGCCAGAAAUGCGGAAUGUUUUUUGCUAAGAUGUGAACGGGAAGGAGAGACGAAGCCAUCGAGGGAGUAUAUAGAAGCUAUGCUAACCAACGCAUUGAUGGUAUUGGAUAUUGAACAUAUAGGAAAACACUGUGAGGAAUAUGAUAUCACUCCCGCCGAAGUGUUUUACUUUCGUAACAUUUGUGGAUUGAAACCGGAGCGAUUACGCUGGCUAAGGACGGAACUACUUCGUUCUCAGGCAUUCCAUGCUAGUUUACGCAGGUUUAUCGAUUGUGAUAGCGGUGCAUGUCAACCGCAACCGUACACGAUCCAGGUCAAAGCAUACCUGGUCUUGAGCUACAGUGCAAUCGCCGUAACAAAUGUACUUCUUGAGGGCAAGUGUGGCCGUGAGGCUCUGCAAAAGUUGUACCGAACGGCUAACAGUCAACCGCAUCAAUUGCGUAGUGCCAUAUUCCGGUGCCUGAAACGGGUACUGCAGAGCGAAGUAAAAGUAUCAGGAGAUUUUUCAUUAAGUGUAGAUUUUUUGCCGUCGCUAGCAGCUGCAUAUCAAUCAAAAUCCACCCGAUUGACGGCAGUGGAGUGUUUACAUACUGUGGGAAGGCGAAUUUUUGAAGGAAAAUUAAUCAACCAGUACAUCAACUUCAGUUGUGCCGUAUUGGAGUUGCUCAAUGAUGAUGAAUCCGCCAUCCGUAAUAAAAUGUCACAAGUUGUUAGUCAAUUGCAUCAAGUGGUAGAAAAAAUUAAACAAAAGCCGCUGGUGGCAACGUACGCACAAAGCGCGUAUUUAAGGUUACUCACAAAAACGAUGUUAGCUCACAAAUUCACUUUGAACCAAGUGGUGGCUACCAUCGUGGCAAUACUGUUCGUGAAAGAACAGGAAAGGGAAGAUGACACUGUAAAUAUCGAUGAACUAACGGAGUUUAAAGUUUUCGACAAAAAUGAAGUUAACAUAUAUGGCGAAAACGAGCUGAUGCGAGAGUACUGUAUAGCAGAAGUUCAGCACUUAAUGUCACAAUGCGAAGGCUACAAUCUGGACAGCAACGUCGACAAAAUUCAGAAGCUUGUGGACAAGCAUCUAAAGCAACCAACCUGCGUACGGUCGUUUCUGAAUACCACCGCAAAACAGCCAUCGAAAUUGAUCGGCAUUUCGUUGUAAAAAAAUCAAAUCUGUAAAAUAAUGUUAAAA